AGUAGCGACUGUGUGAAGUUAAACAUUUCACAGAAACGCGAUGUUUGGAAAGCUGUCACAAUUGUUUUAGGGGGAAACGGUGAAGAUGCUGGAGAGUAAAUGUGGUAAUCCUUUGCUCUCUGAGGGGAUUUGGGCUUUAAAGCUCAUGUCUGACCAUCUGCCCUCAGAAAACUGACAAAACAUGCUUAAAUUAGCCAGAUACCGCCAGUCCGGAGAACAAGUCUGAAAAAUGACUGACAGGAUAUGGCGUUACUCUGUCAUCAUGACGAUGGUCUGUUUAGCCUGGCUCUUCCCAGUCAUCGCUACUGCCACGCCCUUCCCCAAGGAUCUGCAGCCAAUCAGUGUUGUGGGACCGGAAGACUCACACCUGUAUCCCAGUUUCCAGGGUCUAAUGUCACACAAUAACACGGAGCGUCUCGGUCUGGACUAUCAGCGGAUGAUCAGGAUCCAGCAUAUGCUGUACAUCGCUGCCAGAGACCAUGUGUUUGUUGUGAAUCUCACUGCGUCAGUGGAUAAAGUCAUCCCACAGCAGAUUCUGACGUGGAGAUCUACAGACGUGUCGAAGUGUGCUGUGCGAGGAAGAAACAGUGAUGAAUGUUAUAAUUACAUCAAAGUUCUUGUGCCUCGUAACGAUGAGACUUUGUUUGCGUGUGGAACCAACGCGCUGAACCCCGCCUGCCGAAACUACAGAUUGAGUUCGCUGGAGCAGGUCGGUCAGGAGCUGUUGGGUCAGGCCCGAUGUCCAUUUGAGUCUCGCCAGUCCAACGUAGGAGUGUUUGCAGGCGGUCAUUUCUAUUCAGCCACAGUGACAGACUUCCAGGCGAGCGACGCAGUGAUCUACAGGAGUUUAGGAGGAGAGGGGCGGCCCGUCCUCCGUACGGUCAAAUACGACUCCAAAUGGCUGAGAGAGCCUCACUUCCUGCAUGCUGUAGAAUAUGGCAACUAUGUGUAUUUCUUCUUCAGUGAGAUCGCAGUGGAGCACACUGCCGCUGGGAAGGUGGUGUAUUCACGAGUCGCUCGCGUGUGUAAGAACGACAGCGGCGGCUCCACGCGUGUGCUGGAUCGCUACUGGACGUCGUUUCUGAAGGCGCGGCUGAACUGCUCAGUUCCUGGAGACACAUUCUUCUACUUCGACGUGCUGCAGUCCGUCACCAAUGUGCUUCAGAUCAACCAGCGGCCCGCUGUGGUUGGAGUCUUCACCACACAGAUCAACAGCAUUCCCGGUUCAGCCGUCUGUGGGUUUUAUCUGGAUGACAUCGAGCGGGUUUUUAAUGGGAAGUUUAAAGAGCAGAAGAACAGCGAUUCGAUGUGGACGUCAGUGCCUGAAGAACAUGUGCCCAAACCACGUCCAGGUUUGUGUGCAGGUGAAGGUUCAGCGUCCUCGUUCUCGUCCUCUGUUCAGUUCCCAGACUCUGUGCUGUCAUUCAUUAAGACACACCCACUGAUGGACGAGUCUGUGCCGUCAGUCAACAGCCAACCACUGAUCACCAACACCGCCAGCAGGUAUAAACUGACUCAGAUUGUUGUGGAUACGACCGCUGGACCUCAUAAGAACCGCACCGUUGUGUUUCUGGGCUCUGAAGACGGACGUGUUCUGAAGGUUCUGACCAGCACUCAAGGCAACGGCUCACAUGGAUCCAAACUACUGGAGGACAUUGAUGUGUUCAAUCCCACGCAGUGCAGCGGUGAGCGCAGGGUGUUGGGUCUGGAGCUGGACAAGGAGCAUCACGCUCUGUAUGUGGCGUUUUCCAGCUGCAUCAUCAGAGUUCCUCUCAGCCGCUGCGCUCGACAUGCCACCUGCAAGAGCCGCUGUCUCUACACACAUGACCCAUACUGCAUCUGGCUGCGGACGGGACGCUGUGCUGACGUGGCUCCAGGAUUUAAGGCAGGUUUUGAGCAGGACAUCGAUGGUGACCAAUCACAUUUAUUUCACACAUGCACUGAUGUGAUGUCAGCAGCAGGAAGUGAUGUGAACUCAGCCGUGGAUUCAGUCUCUGGAGUGAAGCAGCAUCCUGAUGCAGAGAGUCUGAUCAGCGGCUAUCACUACACUCUUCUGGGCGCGUGUGUGCUGAUGGCGUUUGCGUUGGGUUCGAUCGUGUCGGGUCUGCUGGUGUCGUGUUACUGCAGUCAGAGAUCCCAGCGAGCACAAGAGCCCGAGGCGUCACUUCCUCACGCGCUCUCGCUCAACAGCCUCGCCAAACUCAACCGCCUGCUGGACGCCAAACCGGACAAGAACGACGUCACGUCCUCCCAGAUCUACAGCUCUGGCCCGCCCUGCCGGCAGCCGCCCAUUAAACCACACGAAACUGUGGAGGAAGAGCUGGUCUCGACGCUGCCCACCCCGGAUUCCACUCCCGAGCUGCCAAUCAAGAACUUAAAGUCACUGAACAGCCAAUGGGAGAGAAGCCUCACCCUCAACUCCACACUGCAGCUGUUUCCAACAAAUCAGACUCUUUCUAGCAAUCACACUCCCUCAGAAAACCACAGCGACGACCUACUCGAACACAUCCAGCAUCAGGAUGGACGUGAUGUCGCCAAUCCAGGAUCAUUUUUGAUGCCAACAUCAUAUUACAGUUGCCUAAAAGAGACGUCCGAAACCACAACGCUUCAACAGACUCCACUGCAAACGCUUCCCGAACGGCCAGACACCAUCACAGGCCAAUCACAGCGCAAAGUCCUCAUCAAGAUGGGCAAUGGGGUCACAACGGCCCGCCAGCACACUUUCAACCAGAAGUCAGCGCAGUCGUGCAACAUCUACGAGAUACACAGACCGCUACUCGCAGGCGGCUCAUGUCUGACACGACAGCACAGCUACAGCGAGCCUCCUCACCUCCAGCGAGCGGCCAUCAUCAGACGCACGGCAUCGCUUAAACCGCAGAUCCCCCCUAAACCCAUAAACAUACCCGCCAAAACACUACACCUGCCCUCUGCUGCCACACACGGCAAACACAACUACUGACCUCUGACCCAGCUGCUGUCCUGACUCGGCAAAGUACGACUAGAGGAAAGGUCAGAGGUCAAAAAAAGCAAGUUUGGAAUUGAGCACUAGCAUACUGAUUACUGCACAGUAUAUACUGUAUAUAUCAAACAUGAUCUCAACUCAUCUAUCUGAAUAUCUUUCAGAUAAAACCACUAUUUUGCAUUUUAACAAUUUUAAAAGCUACAAACACAGUCACAUGACUUCAACAUCACCACCAGUAAGCUUCAACAACUCGUUUAGUGUUUAUUUAAAAUCUUCAAGUUGGAAAGUUUGAAUUUUGAGAAUGGUUUGCAAGAGCGCGAUUAUAAACAGUCUUUGAAAGAGACUAGAUGAGUUUAACUGUUCAAUGUCCCCAUCUUCCUGUUUAAUGCCACUCGUAAGCAACCAUCUUUUUCAAGACACGUAAAAGCUUAAAAAUCACGAACGGGUGGCAAUUAGUGAUUCAUUUUUUAUGUUGUAGAAUAAAACGUGAGAAUAUCUUAAGAUUGUUCACAACAGAAUUUAUUACAGGCAUUUAACCAAAGACACAUUCAGAAAACCCACUGACUUAAAGACGAUGGAAACAGUAGUUCAAAAAUACUAACUCGUUUCUUGAACGUCAAGUCAAGUGCAUUGCAUUGUGGGAUACAGUAUUCCAUGUUGGUAUUCAUUUACACACUGUGUCAAGUAAACGUGCUGCAGUAGUAUGAACAGUAUGCUAGUAUGCUCUUCUGAACAUGAUUCCGGCUCAGAAAACGGGAUAAAAUAAUGCAGUUGUCGCAGCACUGAACUCUGAGUGUGUUUGUGUCGCAGUGACACUCUGCAACAGGAAUGUUUCUGUUUUCAUCGAGAGCACCAUGAGACCCAGAGAACGACACGAGCCGGAUUGAACCCACCAAUAUCUCACAAGCAUCACAUCAGACUGACAUGAUUAAGGCAGAGGAAUUAAUGAUAAUGUGUUUGGAUUCAUUUGUGCCUUACAUGGUGUUUGUGAGAGAGCUGAGGUCAGAGGUGAUGAUGCUGACUCUAACCCAUAACCCCCUCCCUCUCUAAGGGACGUCUCCUGGAGUCUCAGUGGCCGUCGAUCAGCUGAUGCAGGACCGUCUGAAGAGCGUGACUUCAUGUCACAGGUUUAUUUUGAGUUGUAAAUGUCAUGCAGGAGACAGAAAAAUGUCUUUUUAGGAGCCUACAAAAAUAAUGCUGACUGGUGAAACAUUUACUUUAAAAUAAUUAAGUUUUCAUUUUGCUUGCAAAAAUACAGAAAAGCAGGUGCUUUUGGAAUAUUUUCAAAAGCAAGUAUUUUCAGGGCCUGCAGCAAAUGUGAGCAACAGGAUGUGAUGUCAUGCUUGUUUUAAUAAACUAUGCAAAAUGAUGAAUAAUAAAUGCUGUGCUCUCACACUAUAGGACAUUCUGAGGCUUUAUUAUUUUAGACACAUUUUGAUGCAAAACCACCAAAUGAGAGUCCGCACUGCAAAAAAUACACACAAACUCUUUAUUUUUAUCAAUAUUUCACAAGAUUUAAUAUCUUUAGUCAUUUUGCUUCUCCAGUAAAUGUUUCUUGAUUUAAGAAUGUUUAGAUAUUUGUACAGGAAAACGAGACAGAAACACUGAGGAAGAACAUUAUUUUUUGCAGUGCAUGUUUGGUUUUCAGCCGAAAUCUGUGACGUUUAGAGUCUCUGCUCGUCUUUUCACGGCACAGAAUCACAGGUCAGAGUUCAGUCCACUUCUGUACGCUGUAAAAGACAAUUUCAUGUUUGUAUACCUGCCGCCCUGCAUUUGUGUGUGUGUGUGUGUGUGUGUGACGCACCCCUCCACUCUGACAGUAGCUCCGCCCACCUGAUCAGCAGAGGCCGUGAUUGGUGCAUUCUGAGGGUUUGUAUCACAACUUAUGUUUUUGUACUUGUUUAAUAAGAGCACUAUAUUCUGUGAGAUGUGUGUGAAUUUCUCAGGUGAUUGUGUGUAAUAUGAACGAACUCACUGAUCAUUAAUGAUAAUGAACACUGGCACAAUCAUGUCAAAACACUUGCUCUGCACUUAAUAAAAGAAACAUUGCUAAAAGUU